UAUGUUUCCUUUUGUAAACAAUCUAUUUCGAAGUGAUUUCCCUAUGUUCUUAUUUGAUGAUCACUUCAUUCCAGGACCAGGAAUAAGAGUAGGAGUUCCUAGACCACCAUAUACCAAUAGACAAUAUAGAGAUUAAGCUCCUAAAGUAAUUUCAAUUAGAUAAUUUAGAAGCCACCAAGUUUGAAGUUGAUGUAGAGUGUUAGAAAACCACUGAAAGAUUAUACAGAAAACCAAGGAUAGUAUUGGGCUAUCUUAGGAGAUGAAGCAUAUGAAAAAGGGGAUUUCUUUCAAGCUAUAACUCAUUAUACUAAAGCAAUUGAAAUUUCAGAGGGAACUGAAAGCUCAUUCUUUCGUAGUAGAGGAUUAUCCUUCAAAAUGACUGGAAAUUUAGAUCCUGUAAAAUAUUUUUAAUCACAAUAUUUAAGGCUUAUCGAGAUGCAAUCCAUGCUAUAGAAUUGGAUGAUAAGAAUAUAAAGGCUCAUUUGCUUUGUGGAUAAGUAUUGGCAGAAAGAGGAAAGAAAGCUGAUACUACUUAAGAAAUUGAGACAGCAAUAAUUAGAUUGACUAAGGCGAGAACUUUGUGUGCUGGAUAAAAGAAAGAGUAUUAUGAAGAUGAAUUGAGUAAGUACAUUUAUAGAGCCAAAAAAUUAUUAUGGUACAAAAAUUAAGAAAUACAUAAUAAGAAUAAAAGAUUAGCUAUUGAGAAUUAUAAAACUUAUUUAAAUUAAAGAUAAGAUCUAACUCCUGAAUAGAAGUAAAAAGAGUUGGAGGGAUUCAUUAAUUCUAUAGGGAAUCCAGAUUAAAAAUAAGAAUAUGAUAUCCCCAGUUAUUUAAUAUGUAAGAUAACUUUGGUAAUUUAAUUAUAAUACCAUUUUAUAGGAAUUGAUGGAAAAUCCAGUUGUUAAUGAUGCUGGUCAAACUUAUGAACGUGAUAUGCUUAUAGAGGCUUUGAAUAAGAAUGGACCUAGUGAUCCUACAACAAGAUAACCAAUUAGCAAAAGAUUUUACCCAAAUCUUAAUGUUAAGUAAGCUACUUAAGAUUUUCUAUUGAAUAAUCCAUGGGCAUUUGAAUUUUCAAAAGGAGAGGAGUAUUAAAAUAUUGAGUUUUGA